AUGAUCUAAGAAAUAAAUACAACAAAAUCAGAAAAGUUAUAAGCAAAGUAUAUUCAGCAAAUCUAUGAUUAAGUAGAAUUGUCGAUGUAUGAGUAUGAAUCCUUUUAGUUUUGAACUAUAAAAUUUAUUAAAGGAAAAAUAGAAUAAAAUACAUUAGAAAUUAAAUGAAAAUCAAUUAAACCACUUUGCUCAAAACAAGAGUGUCCAAUUAUUUUUGUACAUAAUGUUAACAUGA